GUUCGGUGUGCGCAAGCGCAAACCUCUCUCAGGCCUGGAAGCCCGUGGUCUUUGUCCACUCUGGAGGCGGCGCGAGAGGACUCUAAAGGCCUAAUUCAGGAUCGGAGGCUACAGGGUCCACCGCGGCUGGACACUGCCCCUUUCUCUCCUUCCCACCUCUUCAUCCCUUCAGCAGCCCUUGGCGGAUUCUACUGGAGCUAAGUCAGGACUCCAGGACUAUCUUUCAGUUAGAGGAUGAAUGUGACAACUUAAAGAGACAUUGCCUCGGCACUUACAGGCCCCAGAGAAACAUUUCUGAGCUCGAAGGUGGAGGCCACCAAACCAGAGAGGCAAGAGACUCAUAGAAGGGAGAAGAUCCUGGAGUUUCAGGAGUAAUUACUGAACAGUCUACCAAGGGAGAUCAAGGCUUUGAAGUCCAUGAGGAGAACCCCAAAGGAGUUAACUAUGGAGAAGUCAACUCAGGUGAUUGAGGAGGAAGCUCAGUCUUUUCGGGACUCUUCCCUUCCCCAAGAAAGGAAGACCCAAGAGGUAGGAACAGCUGCUCUUCAACUGACAGCCAGGUCUCAUCCCCAGAACAGUGCCUGGCACAUAAUAGGCAUUUGAUAUUUGGCUGUUGAUUGAUUGAUCCACAUGGUAGGAAUUAGUGACAUUCAAAGAUGUGGCCAUGGAUUUUACCCCAGAGGAAUGGGGGCAACUGGAUCCUGCUCAGAGGGAUGUUAUGCUGGAGAACUAUAGGAACCUCGUCUCUUUGUGGCUUCCAGUUUCCAAACCUGAUGGGAGCUCUAAUUUUGAUCAAGGAGAAAAUCAGUGGAUGAUGGAAAGAAAAGUCCCAAGAGGCACCCGUCCAGACUGGGAUACUAGGUCUGAGAGCAGAGAGUCAACCUCAGUGCAGGAAAUCUCUGAAGAAGAAUCAUCACAAGGGGUGAUUGUGGGAAGAGUCACAGAGGAUGAUGUUUCUAACUUGGAAGAAUGUGAGGACUGGUUAGAGAGGCAGCAGGAAAAUGAGAGACAUUUGAGGCAAGUGACAAUUGCCCAAAGGAAAAACCUUACUAAGGAGAGAGACUCUGAAUGUAAUACAUACUGGAAAAAUUUUAAUCAGAGGUCAGUUAUUGUUAAUCAAGAGAAAAUUCCUACCGGAGAGAACUUGGGUAACUUUGAAAGAAAGACUUUCAAACAAAACUCAAACCUAAUGAAAAAUCAGAGAAUCUACAAAGAGAAAAAACCUUGUAAGUGUAAUGAAUGUGGAGAAUCCUUCAGUUAUCAUUCAGUGCUUAUUCGACAUCAAAGAAUUCAUACUGGAGAGAAACCAUAUAUGUGUAAUAAUUGUGGGAAAGCCUUCAGCCACAAAGCUAACCUCAAAAAACAUUUGAAAACUCAUACUAGGGCAAGACUCUAUACAUGCAAUGCAUGUGGAAAAACCUUUACUGAGAGCUUAGCUUUUUCUGAACAUCAGAAAACACAUAUUGGAGAGAGACCUUAUGAAUGUAAUGAAUGUGGGAAGGCCUUCAGUCGGACUUCACACCUUAUUCAGCAUAAGAUGAUUCAUACUGGGGAGAAGCCCUAUCAAUGUAAUGAAUGUGACAAAGCCUUCAUCCACUCUUCAGCUCUUAUUAAGCAUCAGAGAACUCAUACUGGAGAGAAACCCUAUACAUGUAAUGAAUGUGGGAAAGCAUUCAGUCACUGCUCAUCCCUUACUAAACAUCAGAGAGUUCAUACUGGGGAGAAACCCUAUGAAUGUAAUGAAUGUGGGAAAACCUUUAGUCAGAGUACACACCUUGUUCAACAUCAGAGAAUUCAUACUGGCGAGAAACCUUAUGAAUGCAAUGAAUGUGGGAAAACCUUCAGCAGAAGCUCAAACUUUGCUAAACAUCAGAGAAUUCAUAGUGGAAAGAAACCCUAUGAGUGUAAUGAAUGUGGCAAAGCCUUCAUUCAUUCAUCAGCCCUUAUUCAGCAUCAGAAAACUCACACUGGAGAAAAACCCUAUAAAUGUAAUGAGUGUGUGAAAACUUUCAAGUGUAGUUCCUCUCUCCUUAGGCAUCAAAGGCUCCAUACAGGGGAGUAGGCCCCAAAAAAGAAUAAAUGUAGGGAAACCUGAAUAUUGCCUGGGACAUAGCAGAUGCUCAAUAAAUGCUUGUGGGAUUGAACUUGUUAUUUUGUCAAAUAUUUUUACAAUUGAGGAAGCAGAUCCAUAAAAGAUUGUAAGUUUUUUGAGGCUGAACUUUAUAUACUUGUGACUUUAUUUGUACAGCACAUUGUCCAGGCCAUGGGCAUUUAUCAUUUAAUAAAUAUUUGUUAAUUCAUUAA